AUGCGUGACUCUGAGGCCGGCUUUGAAGAGGUCGCGACCAGUGACUUGACACACGGCCCAGCAGAGGAGUCCGGAACAGUCAUAGCCAAUCUCGCCGUGCUGGUAGGGUGGCUGGUCCCUGGUUGGGCCGUUGCAGGACCCGCCGCCCCAGGCGUAGGGCGUGCCCGCGGCGGUGAGGGCUUUCUGAAGGAUCUUGGACCCGACGUCGCCUCCGCCAUUGUUUUGGUUUUCAGGGAUGGAGGAUUUGACGCAGCACUGUAUGUCAUUGCCUCCCGGGCAGGGCCAGGGCUAGGGGCGGUGUCAGCUUGGAAUGGAAUGUUGGGAGGAGGGGAGGGGUAUUGUACAGGUCCUGAGCCAGUGUGGAAAGUGCCCCCGGAACAACCGUCGUGGGAGGUACUACGGCAGAAGCCGGUACCGGUGGAAACUGUGCAGGGUAUUUCGACGCAGCACUUUGUGUGUAUCAGCAGAUGUAUUACACCGACUUCAAGAUUGUGGGGGGGGGGUAGGUACCUGUAUGUCGUCAGGAUCAUUCGGGCAGAAUGGUUGUGGAUAAGAUAUCCCGUUGCCUGUAAAGUUGCGUCAAUGGUUGAUAUUCGCAUCCGUGACAAAAUUUCAACUGUCCUGCUCACAUUUCGAAGUACUCUGACAAGUCCCACUGCCCUCGGGGCCAGAGCACCCAUCUCCAACAGCCCUCCCGAAAAGCUGCUCGACGGGUGA